UUGGCUGACACCCGUGGUAUAAAAACUAUCCUUGGCGACAUAUUACGGCAUUUUGAACAUAAAGAUUGCAAAGUAAGCUGUGCAGAUUUUAAACAUGAAUGCAGUUAUCGUUCUUGUUGUCUUAAUAGGCUAUACACAUGCCCAGUUAGAUUCCCCUUUAACUUUGGCUAUGCUCAGUCGUGGUAUGCGGGGCGGUGCCAGUACCACAGGCAGUGUGAACCCACUUGGUCUCGCCGUGUUAGGAGGAAGCGGAAAUAGCAAAAUGUUGCAAAUGAUGACCCUUAUGAACAUGAUGAACAAAGAACCCACUCCCACCGAUGCCUCGGCCAACGCCAUCGCCCAGCCUAAGGCUACCAGAGAGACUACCAUGGUCAAUCCUAUGAUGGACACCCUGAUGACUCUUAGUCUGUGUCGUGAGACUGUCGGCGACCAGAGGUUCUGUACCCCCUUCACCUGUAAGUUGGAGUCAAUCCGUCGCUACACCAGCCCAAAUCUUCUGCAGUGCCAGCAGAUGAUGGGAUGUUGCUUCAAGGACGUGAGAUCGAUGUAUUUCGCCAACACGAUGAAAGGGUUGUAAGGUAACAAGGACCGUAGAAGAGAAUCAUCGUCAUUUAUUCAUCUCCCGGUGUUGCCAUUUUUUUCUGGUCAUCAAUGUCGUGUCAACAAAAGCGACGAGUGCAUUGGGUGUCCUUUCUUCCGAUGUUGUUUGAUAUUUUAUUGUUUUGUCUUCAUUAGACGUGUGUUUGUUGUUAAUAAGAAAUACAGGAAUA